AUGAAACAAAAGAAGUCAAAGGAUCAUACCGAGUAUAAGGCCAACUUCUCAAGUCCUGCAAAAUCCUCUGAAAUUCAAUAUUUAUCUAAUGAGCAAUAUUUAUCUAAGUUUCCAAAAUCAGGAGAAAUCCCAAGAUGCUCAAGAUGUUUUGGAAGUUCAAAAAGGAGAAAGGAUGCAGAGACAAGUUUUAAAGAGUGUCAUCAGUGUAGGAAAAAGGAAAGAACAUCAUUCGUACCUUGUACUAAAUGUCCGAAAAUGUAUUGUUUGUGGUGCAUCAAGAGAUGGUAUCCCAAUCUUACAGUAUCAGACAUUUCACACGAGUGUCCCUUUUGCCGAAAGAAUUGCAAUUGCGGUGUUUGCUUACGCUCAAGAGGAACCAUUAAGACAUCUAACAGCAGCAUCACAGACUACGAAAGGGUUCAGCAUCUUCAAUACAUGAUUAACUUACUCAUUCCAUUUAUACAACAAAUUUGUGAAGAACAAAGUCAAGAGCUGGAGAUUGAAGCUAAAAUACAAGAAAAAUCAAGUGCUGAGAUUGAGAUACCACAGACAUCUUGUGAGAAUGAACGUAUCUAUUGUGACCAUUGUGCUAUUUCAUUUACUGAUCUUUAUCGAAGCUGCCCCGAGUGUUCCUUUGAAAUCUGCCUUAACUGUUGCAAAGAAAUACGCAAUGGAAGUAUAUCACCGCGGUGUAAUAUGAAGUUUCAGUAUGUGAACAGGGGGUGUGAUUAUAUGCAUGGUGGUGAUCCAUUACCAAUGUGUAGUAAUUUUGGGAUUUUAAGAGGUCAUUCUAAGAUAUUUAGCAAAUGGGAGGCCAACAGUGAUGGAAGUAUUAGAUGUGCACCAAAGGAAAUGGGGGGCUGUGGUGGCCCUGUGAUGGAGCUGAAGCGUAUUUUUUCAAAUGGGUGGAUAUCAGAAUUGGAAGCCAAAGCUCGUAACAUGCUAAAAGGCUUUUCCAAAACUGAACAAACAGUUCUUCAGAAAGAAGCAAUAUCAGGUUGCAAUUCUAAGAUAAGAGCAGCUUUUAGAGAUGGACUGCUUCUCUUCCAACAACAUUGGACUCAAGGGAAACCAAUCAUAGUUCGUGAUGUUCUUAAGCAGGGUACAGGUCUUAGUUGGGAGCCAAUGGUCACAUUGCGAGCCCUAUGUGAAAACGUGGUUCCAGGAAUCAGCUCAAAUACUACUGAAUUGAAGGCCAUCGAUUGUCUUUCUUGUUGUGAGGUAGAAAUCAAUGCUCGUACAUUCUUCAAGGGUUAUACCCAAGGAAGAGCAUAUGAAAAUCUCUGGCCCGAGAUGCUGAAGUUAAAAGACUGGCCUCCCUCUGACAAGUUUGAUGAUCUUUUGCCUCGCCAUUGUGACGAGUUUAUCCGCUGCUUGCCAUUUCAAGAGUAUUGUGAUCCUCGAGUUGGGAUACUCAACCUUGCUGUAAAGUUGCCAUCUCAUGUUCUAAAGCCAGACCUUGGUCCAAAAACAUAUAUUGCUUAUGGGAUUAAAGAGGAACUUGGCAGGGGAGAUUCAGUAACAAAACUUCACUGUGAUAUGUCUGAUGCUGUGAAUAUUUUGAUCCACACGACUGAGGUAACAUUGAGUGAUGAACAAAAUUCUGUUAUUCCAAAACUGAAAAAAGCACACAUUGCCCAAGAUGAGAAAGAGGGACGUGCUCGAGAAAGGGUCGAUGAAUGGCUGAAUGAAGGACUUUGCAAAGACAACAGAGAAGAAUAUAAGAGUGCUGUUUCUAAAGAAUCAGGUGGUGCUCUUUGGGACAUCUUUCGGAGAGAGGAUACUGAAAAGUUAGAAGCAUAUCUAAGAAAGCACUCUAACGAAUUUAGGCAUACUUAUUGCUCUGGAGUUGAAGAGGUUGUCCAUCCAAUUCAUGACCAAUGCUUUUACCUGACUUUGGAACACAAGAAGAAUCUGAAGAAGGAGUUUGGUGUAGAACCUUGGACUUUUGAGCAACAACUUGGGGAGGCAGUAUUUAUUCCUGCUGGAUGUGCACACCAAGUCAGGAAUCUUAAGUCAUGCACAAAAGUUGCUGUAGAUUUUGUGUCCCCAGAAAAUGUUCAUAUGUGCCUGCAUUUAACUGAAGAGUUCCGUUGUCUUCCCAAGAAUCACAAGGCCAGAGAAGAUAAACUUGAGAUGCAGAAAAUGAUAGUCUAUGCUGUUGACAGUGCUGUCAAAGAAUUAGAGCAUUACGUUCUUGAUUGA